UUACGAGAUGAAGAACUCUUUUUUUUUUAUGAAGAUGGACAAAACAAUAUUUAUAAUGAAAACGGUCAAUUAAGGUAUGUUUCUAUGGAGGAUGUCAUGUCAACUAUCGACGAUCCCAAUAUUGUUCUUGAAACUUUGGUUAAUCAUUCUUCUUAUAUGAAGAAUAAGCCAUUGGAAAAACAACCGACUGAAAACAAAAAGUCAACUACUUCAAAGCCAGUGAAAUUUGCCUCAAAGAGGAAUAAUGUGGACUAUAGCAUUAAUCAGAGGACAACAUUCAUCGAUCGUAUGAUCGAAUUACCUAUGGGACAGAG